UCCACUUUCCGCCAAGUGAUACUGUCAAACAGCGUGUGCCCUUGUUGGAACUGACACGGAUUCUCGAGGAAACAAACGCGCUGGAUAUUCGCGCAGUAGACGACUUUGGCAUGGCGUCCAGUACUUGACUCGAUGCAGUAACGUGAUUUAGGGGGAUGCUGUCGCAGGACAUGGUUCUCAGCCUGGCAGCCUUGCAGCCUGAGAACAGAAGUCACCAUGGGCAACCGCAAGAGAUAAACUGCCACCAUAUGGCGUGAGCGCAAAUGGUCGCGGUCCAGACUUUAUCCAACCAUGCUUGCACCGUUUCAUGUGAAUUGAGGCUACAAUUGUUUACGAGCAAUCUGAGCGGAUUUGUCGUAAAGCAAGAUACACAGACAAAACAAUUUGCUCUGCGUAUUCAUCUGCUACUAGCCAUAGGAGAGUUGUUGCUGUCAGGGUUCAAUGGUUAUGUCGCUGCCAGGAUGGCAUGGUUCGGCGGAGGAUGCCAAGGCGACCCUCUGGCGGCCGGGAUGGCAGGAAUUGGACGGAAGCGGGAGAGGGCGGUAGCGUUCAAUAGUAUUAGAUGCUAGGGUUGUGAUGACGACCUGACAAUAAA